AACCAAGGAGGCUGCCUGAUUCAGCGUCCUGCCGGCGGACUUAGUUUUAAAGGAAAAGUGCGAGAGAGGGAGGGGAGAUCUUCUCUCUCUCUCUGCCUUUGUGUCGUGUGACAGCUUCUCUUGUUCUUCUUCUUCCUUUGUCUGCUUGGUCUUCUCUUCCCUGUCUGUGGUUCUCUCCUCCUCUUGUUCCUGUUCUUGGUCUUCUUGUUUUCCUCGCCCGUGAUCCUUCCGUCGAUGGUUUGAUAUUGUUGGGGGUUCUCUGUUUCCAUUGUACGGUGAGUUGGUUCUGUUGGAGAAGAUCAAUCUUCUUUCGUCCUCUGUCGUCAUGGAGAUCGAUCUGGAGUCUCUGGUAGAGGCCACCUCCGGUGCGGUGGGGUCCAUCGUCAGCACCACCCUCCUCUACCCUCUUGAUACAUGCAAAACCAAGUACCAGGCAGAGGUUCGAGCCGCCGGAUCACAGAAAUACAGGAACCUUUUAGAUGUCUUGUGGGAAGCUAUUUCGACUCGCCAAGUUCUUUCCUUGUAUCAGGGAUUGAGUACAAAGAAUCUGCAGUCGUUUGUAGCACAGUUUAUUUAUUUUUAUGGUUACAGUUACUUCAAAAGGCUCUAUUUGAGCAGGAGUCACACGAAAACAAUUGGCACAAAAGCAAACUUGAUUGUUGCUGCAGCGGCUGGUGCCUGCACUGCAAUAAUUACUCAGCCGUUAGAUACAGCAGCAUCUCGCAUGCAAACUAGUGAAUUUGGGAAAUCAAAGGGCCUUUGGGCAACUCUUACACAAGGAUCCUGGAGUGAGGCGUUUGAUGGACUUGGCAUAUCUCUUCUGCUUACCUCAAACCCUUCUAUUCAGUAUACCGUCUUUGAUCAACUGAAGCAACGAAUGUUGAAGAGGCAAAAAAAAUUAACAGGCUUGACUGCAGAAACUCCCUCUCCACAAGCUUUGUCUGCAUUUUCAGCUUUUGUACUUGGUGCACUUUCAAAGAGCAUUGCCACAUUCGUGACUUAUCCAGCCAUAAGGUGUAAGGUUAUGAUCCAGGCUUCUGAUCCAAAAAAAGAAACAAAUGAACGUGAUAAAGCCAAGUCCAAAAGUAUCAGAGAUACAUUAUGUACUAUUUGGAGAAAGGAAGGGCCACUAGGCUUCUACAAAGGACUGGAAGCUCAGAUUCUAAAGACUGUCCUGAGCUCAGCCUUGCUACUAAUGAUCAAGGAGAAGAUUUCAAAAACGACAUGGGUUCUGAUGCUUGCUUUGCGCAGGUAUCUCUUUGUUGUUAGGAAGAGGGUGAAGAGUGUUUGAAAGAUCGUUCAUGUGUAAGACAGAGCUUUGCCUUUCAUGUAGCCCUUAUCAGAGGUGGUGGGGCAGGCAAUAAAGAGCCUUUGGGGUGAUGUGCAUGUAAAUUUAGUCGCUUCUUCUGCUCUAGUGACCAAUCCGUGAGAAUGAAACCACUGGCAUAAAUGACACUGCCAGUGUUGGCUAGGUAAGAGGUACUUGGCAAUAACCUUGUCUAUUUCAUCAGCUUAAUUCUUUUAUCUUGGUGAAGGUUCCCACGUUGGGCAAGUUCCUUGAUAAAUGAAAAGGGAGCCUCUUUGUCGUUAGACUAAGGUGCAAUGUAGCUGUGGGCAUUGUCUCAUAUAUAUAUAUGGAGAGAAAAAAACUGAAUUGCAUUUUC